AUUUAAAAUAAAAUAAUUAAAAUUAAUUUGGCGUAAAAAUAAAUACAAAUGAAAGACUAAAUAGUAAAUACCAAUGAAAGACAGUGGCCCAUGAGGCCAUGAUACAGGCCCAAUUGACAAUUAUUAAUGAUGAAAUGUGAGAAACAGAAAAACUCAUUAUUAAAGGUGGGACUUGGAAGAGGACAAAGAGAAACACGUGAUUGUAGUGUGUUAGUGAAAUACACAGGAAAAAGCACUCCGCUGUUUAUGUUUUAGAAUGUACGUACAGCCAUUAUUUAGCCCACGUUCUCAUCAGCAAGUAAUGUCAAAGCCAUUAUUGGCCCACGUUCUGUGCCUCUAAAAGCACAGUUGAACAAGAGGCAAUAAUUAAUUAGCAACAAUGGCUGCACCCGACCAAUCUUUCCCCAACUACCUAACCACAGUCAACGCGUCCAACUUCGUCUCCGUGAAGCUCUCCGGCAACAAGCGGUCGAACAAUUACCCGUCAUGGAAACGGCAAAUACUCUGCCUGAUUGAGGCCACUGACUUGGUCCGCUUCAUCAACGGCACUAUCCCAAAUCCAGCAGCUGAUAGCGUGACGUGGAGAACAGACAGAGUGGUUUUGGGCUGGAUUCUCGGGUCAUUGUCCGAUUCUGUUCUUAGGAUGGUGGCACAUUUGGACAGUGACACGGCCAGAGAUGUGUGGGUGGAGCUAGACAAGAAAUUCGGUGAGGCUAAUAAUACUGCUCCUCCGCGGCCACAAGUACCACAAGCUGUGGAGACAGAGUAUGAGGAGCAGUUGCCUCUAUUGCUGAGACUGAUACGCCGGGAGAAGUGGGAAGCAGCCAAAGAAUACAUAAACAACCAUCCGGGUGCCAUCAGAGACCAAAAAACUGAGAACCUGGACACGUGUCUCCACUUAUUAGCGGUGUCGGCGAACAAACCUUAUGCGCUCGAUUUCUUCCGAUUCCUAAGUGACAAAAUGACCGAGCACGCAUGGCAAGCCCAGAACAUCCUCGGUGACACUGCCCUCCAUACGGCAGUCCGGACUGGAAAUGAUCUAGCCACCAAAUUCCUCUUGGAUGAGUGCUGCGAUCUGAUGCACGUGCGCAACAACGAUGAUGAGUUGCCAAUCCACCUGGCGACCCAAUGUACCAAGGAAGGGUCUAUUUGGUUGUUGUUGAGGAAAAUGGGCAACGUUGUUGAUAAUAAAACGGGUUUCCAGCUUCUGUGUCUGGCGAUCGAAGCCGAGCAUUUUGAUGUGGCUCGAGGAUUGAUUGACGCAAAUCCGGAAUUGGUUUACUUGGAACUCAGAGAUGGCACCUCAAUUUUGCAGAAGCUAGCGCUCAAGGACACUACUGGGAGAAAGCGUUUUAGCCUUUGGGAAUGCUUCCUUUCGGCCAAAAACAAGAAUAGCUCAGUUCAUCACUCUAAAAAAAAUGAUCAUGUGCUUCUCGUUGAGUCCCUCUUCGAGUGCUUGAAGCGUUCAAGUUCCAGCAAGACAAUCCAAAUCUACAAAGACGCCAUGCUCACGGCUGUCGAGAACCGAAGUGAAAUAAUUGUCAACGAGAUUAACCGGAUCUUCAACGAUAACCAAAUUGAGUUUAGUAAGUUGGAGGAUGCUUAUGGAAACACGCCCCUGCACUUGGUUGCAAGGUUGUCCCCAUCGCACAAGCUCAAUCUUGUUUCUGGUGCGGCGCUACAGAUGCAGCGUGAGAUACAAUGGUUUAAGGAAGUGGAGAAAAUGUGUAAUGAUGUAUAUAUAACAGAACGGAUCAACCUUUUCGAGGAAACGCCCGAUAUGAUAUUCACAUACGAGCACCAACAACUGAAAGUCGACGGUGAAAGGUGGAUGAAAGACACGGCCAACUCAUGCACGAUUGCCGCUGCACUAAUCGCCACGGUUGUGUUUGCGGCCGCCAUCACAGUGCCCGGCGGCACUGAGUCGAGCAACGGUUACCCAUUGUUCUCUCGAAAAAGUGCUUUCCUAAUAUUCGCAGUCUCGGAUGCCAUGUCCCUCUUCACCUCAACGACUUCACUAUUGAUGUUCUUGUCAAUCUUGACUUCACGCUAUGCUGAGCAAGAUUUCUUAUACGCUCUGCCCAAGAGGUUGUGCAUCGGGCUGAUUGCUCUCUUUAUGUCCAUAUUUUUCAUGACGGUAGCCUUUAGUGUGACUCUUUAUCUGGUUUUCGGUCGGGAAAAGGGUUGGAUACUCAUACCGGUGGCUGCUCUCGCUUGUUUUCCCGUGACAUCAUUCUUGCGGCAGCAGUCCCCGCUCCUUGUUGAUGUUAUUUACAAUACGUACUGUCUUCGGAUUUUCAAGCAGAAGAAAACUAUUCGAUGAGUAUGCAUGUUGGCAUUAGUGUAAGCAUAACUAUAUUGUUGUACGUUUCUGUAAUUUGCAUCUAUGUACGGUCUCUUCUUAAGACAUCAUCUUUAAGUCCAUGACAUUUCUAACGAUGUGAGUUACUUUCCUUUUCCUCUAUAUCUAUUUUUUUCUU